CAACCUUUCUAUUCCUUCCUAUAAACUACUUCCCUUUCCUUGCUCAUUCAACAACUCAACACCCCUUUUCUUCCUUUCCCAAUUCCUCUCUCAAAUCAAACCCAUCCCUCAAAUUCCAAAUUUCAUCCAUCUUGAAAAAUUAAAAAAAAAAUUAUUAUAAAAAAACUCAUCUUUCUCUCUUUCUUUCUCUUCAAUUUCUAUAUAAUAUUUUCCCUCAUCAUCAUUCAAUAUUUUCACUUCAAGAUUCCCACACUCAAUUUUCAAUCUAUCUAUUUUCUUUCUAUAUCAUUUUCAAAUGCUUCAUUCUUAGACGGUUUCGAUUUCACAAAUUCUCAUCAAUGCGCACCGUUUUGUUUCAUCGCAGAAAACCUAAUUUCUAGGGUUAGAGUUACUGAUUUAGGGUUCGUGUUCUUUCUUUCAACAAGUUUCCAUUUUUAUACAAAACCCAUAUAAUUCUCGCGAUUUCGUAACGAUUUGGCAUGGUAGGUAACGACGAUGCUCGAGCUCCGUGCCACCUUUCAUCUUCCCGGAAAAUGUUUUGGCGUUCGGCGUCGUGGUCUUCUGCUCGCUCCUCCGCCGCAAACCCUUCCGGCGAACCGGAAUCGAAUUUCGCCGAUCCAAAUUCUGGUCCGGAGAAUUCCAACCGGAGAUUUCCUCCGCCGCCGUUGACGCCUCGGUCGCAGCAGAAUUGUAAGGCGAGGUCAUCAUGUCUUCCGCCGCUUCAGCCACUUUCGAUUGCUCGCCGGAGUUUGGACGAGUGGCCGAAGGCGAGUUCCGACGAUAUUGGGGAGUGGCCACAACCACCUACUACUCCUAGUGGAAGAGGUAAUAACAGUAAUUGCAAUAGCAAUGGUGAAAGAUUGAAACUUGAUUUGUCUCAAAUUCAGCAGAAUAAUAUUAAUAAUAAUCAUGAUAGUAGAAAUAAUGGUGGACUUGUCAAGAGAGAUAAAAUUGCUUUUUUUGAUAAGGAAUGUUCAAAAGUUGCUGAACAUGUUUAUCUUGGUGGUGAUGCUGUUGCUAAAGAUAGAGAAAUUUUGAAAAGGAAUGGGAUAACUCAUGUUUUGAAUUGUGUUGGUUUUGUUUGUCCUGAAUAUUUCAAAGCUGAUUUUGUGUAUAGGACUUUGUGGUUGCAAGAUAGUCCUAGUGAAGAUAUAACUAGUAUUUUGUAUGAUGUGUUUGAUUACUUUGAGGAUGUUAGGGAAAAGAAUGGGAGAGUUUUCGUGCAUUGUUGUCAAGGUGUGUCUAGGUCAACUUCUCUGGUUAUUGCUUACCUUAUGUGGAGGGAAGGACAGAGUUUUGAUGACGCAUUUCAGUUUGUAAAGGCGGCAAGGGGUAUUGCCGAUCCGAACAUGGGUUUCGCAUGUCAGUUGUUGCAAUGUCAGAAAAGGGUUCAUGCAUUUCCUCUUAGUCCUAGCUCUUUGUUGAGAAUGUAUAGGAUUGCUCCGCAUUCGCCGUAUGAUCCUUUGCAUCUUGUUCCGAAAAUGUUGACGGAUCCGUCUUCAAAUGCUUUGGAUUCGAGGGGUGCGUUUAUAGUGCACAUACCUUCUGCAAUAUAUGUUUGGAUUGGUAAAAAUUGUGAGGCUAUCAUGGAAAGGGAUGCUAGAGGGGCUGCGGGUCAGAUUGUUCGGUAUGAGAGAGUGCAAGGAUCUAUUAUCAUGAUUAAGGAAGGUGAGGAACCUCUUUCCUUUUGGGAUGCUUUUUCGAAGUUUUUGCCUUUGAUGGACAUGUCUGGUAGUAGAGUAGAAAAUUGUAGCAAAUCAAGUGUUAAUAAGAUUUGGCCCGGUGAGAGGAAAGUGGAUGUGUAUGAUGUUGAUUUUGAAGUUUUCAGUAAAGCCAUCAUGGGAGGUUUUGUGCCUCCAUUUGCAUCAUCGGAUAAUGAACAUGAAACCCAUCUUCCUGCAAGAGAGAGUAGUUGGAGUGUUUUAAGGCGGAAAGUUCCGUCUACUAACGUGAAGGAGUUUAUCUCAGCCCCUAAGUUAUCCUCCUUACCACGGGUUUACUCAGAUUCCAUGUUGUGUAUUCAUACAUCUGCAAAUUCAUCUCCAUCCUUAUCAUUGACGUCAACGUCAUCGUCUUUAUCAUCAUCCUCGUCGCCCUCUUUUGUCUCUCCAGAUUCCGUUUCUUCCGAUUCUAGCACUCACUCAAAGUUAUUCUUAGAAUUGUCCCCUGAUUCCUCCUCUCUAGUUUUUGCUCCUAUUCCGGUAUCUCCAUCUUUGUCUAACUUCUCUAAUUUGUCCCUCUUGUCAAAUUCUAAUUCUCAACCGGUGUCUAAGUGUAAAAAUAAUCAUGGUGUCAAGUUAUCACCACAUCCAUUUUCUCAGCCUGCCGCUUUACCAUUGAUAAAACCAUCAACUUCCAUUGCCGAACGCAGAGGUAGUUUAUCUAAGUCUUUGAAGUUGCCGUUAAUGAAUGAUAAGACACAAAUAAUAGAUAAACCGUCAACUAUUUGCGCCACUCGGGAACACAGUGUUCUCGCUAACAGCAACUUUAACUGUGUGCAAGAUUCAAACAGUAUAGAUUAUAUUUUUGAGUCCACCAGCCAUGUCAAAGGUGGGGGUGCGGAUUCAAUUCGACAAUGCGAACUGGCAACACGCCCAGGCAUAGUGGAUAUUGCAGGCUGCAAGGAAUCAUCGCUUCUGAGGAACUGUGUUGAGCCUUCUGUUGAUAGUUUGUCAAGAGAAAAUUUGAAGUUUACAUCAUCAAAGGGAGCUAAUGAAAGUGGCUCGUUGCAGUGUAGUAAGGCACAAACUUUAGUAUAUUGCUGGCCCAGUUUAGAAAAGAUUGAUAUUUUUGGUGCAAAUCAUUUAGAUUCUGAGGCUGCUUUUGUCAUAUUCUCUCCAAAUAUACAUACGCAUGCAGGAAAUGUCUUAUAUUUCUGGGUAGGGAGUUCUUUCAAACUGGAUGCCUCACAGGUUUGGUUAGAUAGUGAUAGACAGACCAGUUUUGUUGGAGCAGUUGACUGGAACCGAAUUGGUCGUGAUCUCAUAGCUCGGUUUAGUUUGCCAAAGAAUACAGUCACUAAGAUUGUUAAAGAGAACGAAGAACCACAAGAGUUACUCGCUUUGCUGAGUUCAUUGUAGCACAAGAGGUACUAGGAGAAACCUCGGUUCAAAAUCGCGUAUCCUUUCCUUCAUCUGCAGCUGUCUCUAUGUAUGCCAAUUUUGAAGGCUCUCUAAUUUGAUUUCCCCUGGGGGAAAGAAAUCCAGUGAGGACAUUGUAGCUCUUCUGAUUCUACAAUGCUUUAACACUUUCAACCUAGACAUUUAUGUUCAACAUACUGAUUUUGUUGUCGCAUAUUCUCAUGUUAUUUAAGGAGGGAGAAAGAAUCUAAUUCCUUCAUUAAACAUAUCACUUAUUGAGAAUUUCUAAAUUGAUAGAUUAGGUCGAAGUUAUAUAAGAUCUUCAUUAAAAAAAUUCACAUAGUUUUAGUUGCACAUUGUAAAUUGCCGAAAAAUGCAUGCUUGUAUGAUAUAUAAAUUUGGUAAUUAUAUUAUUUUACAUGUCCCUUGCGAAGUUA